AAGAAAAACAGUGUUUGAAAACGAAUUGCCUUCGUUUCUUUUGGUUACACCUUUCGUAAACAAAAUAAGGCGAAGGAGAAAAUGCAAAAUGUGUAAAAUACGCCGGCUGGGAAUUUAGUUUCACAUAAAAUAAAAAUAUUUAUUAGCAAUUUUAUAAGGUACUAUUUUUCGUGUGUACUGAUUAAACUAAAUGAUUGAAAUAAUAAUCACUACAAAACCAAUUUUAAUAAAAUUAGAAACAUACAAGAAUGCAAUUUGGCCUCAUUUGAAAGUAAACAAGGUAAAAAAGCGUUCCUGUUAAUAUUUUAGUUUCAAUAGCCUAUUAUCGUCAUUUAAAAAUCAUAAAUAUAAUGCUGAAUCAUGGCAUUGGUAAAUUAUGAUAGCAGUUGUUCGUCUGAUGAGCAAGAGGAAACAAAUUUAGAAACGUUUGAAGCACCAAAAUCAAAGAUGCCGAAAUUAUCCGAGACAGCAGAAGAUAAGAAAGCUUUACCUUGUGCUGUCUCUUUAUUGGGUGCAAAGAAUACGGGCGAUGUUGUGCAUAAUGCGCACGCAGAUGAUCCGACGGAGCACGACGGACGCGUUCGCAGUUUUAAACAUGAACGCGGCAAUUGGGCGACGUAUGUGUACAUAAAAGCGAUGUCCGAUCAGUUGGAAGAUAUGCAGGAAGUAAGUCAGGGCGCAUUAGCUGGUGUUGUGGACUGUUUACAUGCAAUUGAAGAUCUACAUAUAAGCUUGAGCCGAACAGUAGUUCUCCAAUAUCAUCAUAUCGAUUCAUUCGUCGAGUCGUUAAGAACUACUCUCGAAGUCAGUGGCAGCUUCUCCAUCAGCUUACGACGCCUACACAUCUACACAAACGCUGAGCGUACGCGCACAUUUAUUGCACUCAAAGUUGAUGAUAUGUAUUUUGAAAAAGUUCAUCAACUUAUGGCAAAAGUGGAUGGGGUAAUGAAGGAAUAUAGACUACAACUUUUCUAUGAGGAGCCAUCUUUUCACAUAAGCUUCAUGUGGUGUCUGGGCGACAAAGUCGCGGUGCUGAAUGAACAUCUGGACACUCUGAAGUCAGCUAUAAAUGUGGUAUUGGGAGAUAGUGAAGCAAUAAGUUUAUUUAUUCACGAAAUUAAUUGUAAAAGUGGCAAUAAGGAAUUCGUGUUUAAACUUAAGUGAAGGUUAAAGUAUAUAUGUACAUAUGUAUGUACUACAUAUGCAUAUGUUUGUGUAUGUUUGUGCAUAAUCGCAUAAAAGUAUUUCCUCUUAGAAAAAAUA